CCACACUAGCCAUAUCUCCUGAUGAUUCCUGCAGGUCAGUUAGUCAUGAGCUGUCGCGUGCGAAAUGGUAGCGUCGGGUAGCUAAACCGAAGCUUGCAGUUGGAAGAAGGCGUGUGUUCUUGAAACACUGCCGACGCCGAGAAUUGCAUGAUUCAGCCACGCGUCUUGUUCACGCGCCAGCCACCAUUUAUAACCUACAAUAUAAGGAUGGCAAUAUGGCUCGCCCACGAGGCACGCUAAUAGUCUUCGAAGGCCUUGACCGCUCCGGCAAGUCAACGCAAUGUGAGCGGCUGGUCUCCCACCUCCGCCAGGAAGGCCACGAUGCUCAGCAUAUGCGCUUUCCCAACCGGACUACGCCCAUUGGACAAAUGAUCAACAACUACCUCUCUGGACUGGCGCAAACAGAAGACCACGUGAUCCACUUGCUCUUCUCUGCCAACCGAUGGGAGAGUGCCGCAGAGAUCGAGCGCUUGAUCAGUGAAGGCACGACCGUUGUGAUUGAUCGAUACUACUACUCUGGCAUGGCUUACACUGCAGCCAAAGGGAACCCUGACAUGGAUUUGAAUUGGUGUCGACACCCUGAAGUCGGACUGCCACGGCCAGACCUUUGCCUGUUUCUAGAUGUCAGUACUGAAGUUGCCAUGAGCCGAGGUGGCUAUGGAGCGGAAAGGUAUGAGAAGCGCGAGAUGCAAGACCGAGUACGCGAGCUCUUCCGUGACAUGCGAGAUCACCAUGAUGAGCGGAGUGACAUUGUGCUCGUCGACGCCAACAGAAGCAUCGAGGACGUCGCCGCCGAGAUCAAUGACCUUGUCGGGCUAACGAUGCAACAAGUUGCAAAAUCCGGUCAGCCAUUGAGAAAGGUGGAGGCCUGGUGAGCGGCUGUUAUUGUCUUCGCCGCGAAUAACCGCCAGUUGAGGGGGUCUAUAUCAGCUACAGAGUAUGACAGCCGCUGCUGCAGCUCAUGACUCGCUUCUGCAUGCAUAUCCGCUGUAGACUAUUCGCGGAGCGUGAUCGUUACCCUACGACAGAAGAAGUGACCGAACGCCAGACAUACUUCUACCACCAAGCGAGGGGCAUACGAGGUUGUCAUUGUCUUCCAACAAUUCCAAUCGUGGGAACGAAUGUCCGAUCAAACUCAUCGACCGAUGAAUCUGCGAUGAAGACUCCGCUUAGCCAGCGUUAUCACAACGGUCCGAGAAGGUUUGCUUUUCUGCAUCACAAACCACCGUGGAUUGCGGCUCUUAUGAUGGUAUUAUCAUCGUGAGAACAUCGG